UUGGACCCUCAGCAGUAAACGUGUGCAGACAAAGAAAGGACUCCAUCAUGAUAUACCCGAAGCUUUACCUACGGCUCUUUACUUUCCUGGCAAUAAUAACUCUGCUGCCUCUUUCAGAUGUAUCAAGUGAGAGCACGCUGCACAAACUUCUGAAGAAGAGAGAAGUCGAGGGUGAGGUGAAGGCAGCAGAGGCUGUGGUGGUUCCUCCCACUAAGGCCAAGCAGUUCCUGGCUUCUCUCAGAAGGCCUAAGAGGAACCUGUGGGAUCGUAGCCGUCCUGAUGUGCAGCAGUGGAUCCAGCAGUUCAUGUACCUGGGGUAUGACGAGGCGAGACUCGAGGCCGACCUGGCUUACUGGAAGGACCAAGCGCUCUCUACAGAUCAGGGACGGCAGCAUCACCAUGAUGAAAACGCUCCCAUGGGCCCUCGCUACUCCACCUCUUACAGACAUGGCGCAAACGUCAAUUAUGACUACUAUUAGCUUUCCUUUCUCCUCAGGAAUGACCUCAUCAAGGCUAAAUCAAGUGAUACAUUUCUGUAAUGCUGUGAGACAUUGCUAAAAGCACUAUACAUAUAAAAUCUAAUUGAACCGAACUAUGUGAUAAAAAAAUAAUUACAGAUUUGAAUGAUGACAUUUCUCACAGUAAUCAGUAACAUUAUUGAUUAUCCUGGUCACCUGUAAUUCAUCAAUAUAAUCGAUACUAACAGCUUUAGCUUUAGAGAACUCAUCUUCCCCUCAAUAAUCAAAAGCAUGCUAGGAUGCAAAGCAAGUAGUAGAACUUGUAGAGAAGUACAGCAUUUAUAGUUUUACAUAACAUUUCUUUUUUUUCUGCUUUGACAUACCAAAAAAGUAAAUAAAUCUAGCUCUUGCUCAGACGCUUGAAGUUUUAAGUCCACAAAACUGCAUUUACUUUGCAAUGUAAUGCUUUUUUUUUUUUUUUUAAUAUUUCUUUCCUGUUGUUGUGUGUGCAUGCAUU